AUUAGAAGUUUAGUGAGUAGUGUAGUAGUCGGGCCGGCCGCCCUUAUAGCUCUGCCUCUGCCUUCUCCGUAUCUUAUCUUUCUUACUUCACAACUUCCAUCUGUCUAAUCUACUCUCUACUCCUAUAACACUAGGCUUCCUCUUUCAUUAUCUCUCUCUUUUACACUUUUACUCCCCCUGUUUUCCGGGUCAGAGAAAAGAAAAGAAAAGAAAGAAUUCGUCAACCAUGGUUGGCCUUAGUGAUAACAAUUCCAGUUGCAAUAGUAGCAGCAAAGCAAAAGACAAAAAGACAAAGAAGAAGAAGAAGAAGCGUGGGGGUAGCAAAAGGAAGAUGACAGCUGAGCAAACUUUGGCUUUCAAAUCGGUGACUGAAUGGGUUUAUUCGGAUCGUCAGAAUUCCUCUUCCACGCUGGCUUUAUCUUCAUGGGUGGUGGAUGAUUUCGGGGUGCAGAAGAGUCUAGGGAGAGGGAUGGAGAAAUUGGUGUUUGAAUUGCAUUCCCAUUCUAAACAUAGUGAUGGGUUCUUGUCCCCUUCUAAGCUUGUUGAGAGAGCUCAUGGCCAUGGGGUGAAAGUUCUUGCUCUGACAGAUCACGAUACAAUGUCUGGGAUCCCUGAGGCUAUAGAAACGGCUCGCAGAUUUGGUAUCAAGAUAAUCCCUGGUGUUGAGAUCAGUACCAUAUUCUCUCCGAGAAAUUCUGAAAUGGAGGAACCAGUGCACAUCCUUGCAUAUUACAGCAGCUGUGGCCCAACAAGGUAUGAGGAGCUGGAAAAAUUAUUGGCUAACAUAAGGGAAGGACGUUAUCUCCGUGCUAAGGACAUGGUAUUGAAACUCAAUAAACUCAAGCUACCUCUUAAGUGGGAGCAUGUUACAAAGAUUGCAGGCAAGGGAGUGGCUCCUGGGAGACUGCAUGUGGCCCGAGCUAUGGUUGAAGCAGGUUAUGUAGAGAAUCUAAAACAAGCUUUCACCAGAUAUUUAUAUGAUGGUGGACCUGCUUAUUCCACGGGAAGUGAACCUCUUGCAGAAGAAGCAGUGCAACUUAUAUGUGAAUCAGGGGGUUUAGCAGUUCUGGCUCAUCCUUGGGCAUUAAAAAAUCCAAUUAUUAUCAUAAAAAGGUUAAAAGAUGCAGGUCUUCAUGGAAUGGAGGUUUACAGAAGUGAUGGAAGAUUGGCAGCAUACAGUGACUUAGCGGAUACUUAUGGCCUUCUGAAGCUUGGAGGAUCAGAUUAUCAUGGGAGAGGUGGGCAUGGUGAGUCCGAACUAGGAAGUGUGAACCUUCCAGUGUUGGUUUUGCAUGACUUUCUUAAGGUAGCUCGACCUAUCUGGUGCGGUUCCAUUAAGGACAUUCUUGUGAGUUAUGCAGAGGAACCCUCUGAAUCAAAACUAGCCAGGAUUGCAAGAUUUGGGAGGACGGGCAGUUUCAAGGGAAGUUCUCCCUUGAGUUGUGGCAAGGACUUGAUUGAUCGUUGUUUAUCAUUGUGGUUGACUACCGAAGAAAGGCAGAAUGCUGAAUUUGAGGCUAUUAGGUUGAAGCUUUCCCAUAUUUAAUCAACCUGGCAGGAGUACAAAUUCCCAUAGAGAGUAAAUAAUACUUGAUUGGAAAAGAUUAUACCAGUUGCUUCUUGGCAUUUUGCUAAGAGAACAGUGAGUAACAAAUUCUUUUCCCUUUAAUAGUUUGGAAAAGAUCUGAAAUUAAAACUUGUCGACGUCUUGAUUCAACCGAGUCUUUAUUUUUUGGGCCUUUUCGGUUUUCUUUAUAUCAUGAAAAACAUGUACCUGACAGUUAGCGGAUUCAGCCAUGCUUGUUUUUUCUAGACACUAACCAAGAGUCUUCCGUCUGAUAUAUUUUCCAUUGCCUACUGUUUAAUUCUAGUUCAAUCUGAAGGAAAUGUAACGGUAAGGCCGACUUUUGAGUUCAUAGCCAAAUUGGAAAAAAGGAAGUUAGCUAAAUUUACGUAACUUGAAUCAAUC